CUUUGUGUGUACCUUGCAGCUACUCGGAACGUUUUCGCAAAGGAACAGAACACCACAGAAGAAAAUACAAACGCACAAACCGAAGAAUUUUUUUUUAGCUGUUUUUCUCAGUUUUUUCUCUUUUUAGUUUGUACAGAAUGUCAGAUGAAGAAGAGGACUAUAUGUCUGAUGCAUUUCUUAGCAAACUUCAAGAUGUGAAACCGGGAGUCAGCAUGGUGAGGCGGGUAAAAGAAGCAAUGAAGAGGGAGGAGAAGCAAAAGGAAAAGAAUAUUAAGAACCGUCAGAAGAGCUACAAGGAGCAGGAGAGCGAAAGCCGAGAAGUGGCUUUACAGAGCUCCAUCAGCAAUGAAAACAAAGGGUUUGCACUUCUGCAGAAAAUGGGCUACAAAGCUGGGCAAGGACUUGGGAAGCAGGGAGCAGGAAGAGUUGAUCCAAUCCCACUAAAUAUCAAAACAGACAGAGGGGGUAUUGGAAUGGAAGAGAUGAAGAAAAGAAAAGCUGAAGAGGAACUGGAGCAUUAUAGGCAGAAAGUACGAGCCAAACAACAGAAUGAGACCAAAUCUCUGGAAGAUUUCAGGUCAAGAGUAAGGACGGAAAGAGAGGAGCGAAAGAUUGAAGGAGACCUCAGGAGGAGUCAGCGAGCUUGCGAACAGCUUGACAGUCAAAAGGGGAUAACUGCUCCGAGAGAAGACUGGUACUGGCCUAAAGCAAACUCUGAUGAAGAAGAGGACGAUCUUAAAGAGGAGGAUGAGGAUGAGGAUGAAGAGGAGGUUACAGAACUCACUUCUUUUGAUAAACUACAAAUUUUGACAUCCUAUUUGAGAGGAGUCCAUUUUUAUUGCAUAUGGUGUGGGACCACCUAUAAUGAUGAAGAGGACUUGUGCGCUAACUGUCCUGGGGAUACAGCAGCAGACCAUGAAUAAAAUGAAUGAAAACCAGUCUGCACAAGUUUCCUGUAAAGAGAAAAGAAAAGUAUAAAUGUUUGAUCAUAAAAAAUAUUGUGUAUAUGUGAAUGCACUUUGAUAUGUGAGUCAGGUUCAUCAGACUACAAAAACAGCCAAGGCAAUAAAGUGAUCAGAAAUUAAGUUCUUUAAUCAUCCAGUUUUAAUCUGCUGUCUUUCAUUGAAAGACCAUCAAGUUUGUAUUUGUUGUAUACAUUUCUGUUUUUUGGG